GAGAGAGAAGGUAAGGAACGAUAUUUCGGAGAAGCUUCGCAGGUGUGACUUACCAGUUGCCGGCCAUCCAACGCCAAUUUUUCGUCUCUUCGUCUUCUUUCCCCUAAAUCACAGCGGAACAGAACGCAACAGAAUAAUAACUAGUUGGUUGCAGAGAGAGAGAGAGAGAGAGAGAGAGAGAGAUAACCGUUGCUUGGUGUGGUGCGGUGUGGUGUGGGCUCCACCUCUCUUCUCUAAUCUGGAUUCAUCUUCUUCCUCUUCCAAGUCACAGAUAGAUGGGUUCUGUAGAGAAGAAGAUGGACCUUGAUUUUGAUGAGGAGAUUCCCUUCAGCUCUUCACCAUCUACGUCUAAAGUUCGUACUUUGAAUUUUGAGAGAACGGUUGAUUUGCCCAAAUCGUCUUUCUUUAACAUUUUACGAGCACGGUGUAUCAGCAGAAGCAUAUAUGUUGUCUUAAUUAAAGCCAAGAUCAACAUGUUGCUACCAUUUGGUCCACUCGCCAUAUUGCUACAUUAUCUAACGGGAAAGCAUGGAUGGGUGUUUUUCUUCACCUUAUUGGGUAUUACUCCUUUGGCAGAACGUCUGGGUUAUGCUACCGAGCAGCUUGCGUUCUACACAGGACCAACAGUUGGGGGUCUGCUUAAUGCCACAUUUGGCAAUGCAACUGAAAUGAUCAUAUCAAUUUAUGCACUGAAAAGUGGUAUGAUUAGGGUUGUUCAGCAAUCUUUACUUGGCUCAAUCUUGUCAAACAUGCUUCUAGUUCUUGGGUGUGCAUUCUUUACUGGUGGGGUUGUCCACAGCCAAAAAGAUCAGGUUUUUGAUAAGGCAGCUGCUGUUGUUAAUUCUGGGUUGCUGUUGAUGGCUGUAAUGGGAAUUCUAUUUCCUGCUGUGCUUCACUUUACUCACUCAGAGGUUCAUCUUGGGAAGUCAGUGUUAUCUCUAUCAAGAUUUAGCAGCUGUGUAAUGCUAGUGGCAUAUGCAUGCUACAUUUUCUUUCAACUUAGAAAUCAACAGACUUCUUAUAGUCCAGUUGACGAGGAAGGAGAUAAUAGUGAAAAUUCCGACAAGGAGGAAGAAGAACUUGAAUUAAGUCAAUGGGAAGCAAUAAUCUGGCUUGCUAUUUUGACAGCAUGGGUAUCUGUGUUGUCUGGAUACCUUGUGGAUGCCAUAGAGGGAGCAUCUGAGUCAUUGAAUAUGUCAAUGGCUUUUAUUAGUGUCAUCUUGCUUCCAAUUGUAAGCAAUGCUGCAGAGCAUGCAAGUGCUAUCAUGUUUGCCAUUAAGGACAAGCUUGAUAUCACUAUUGGAGUUGCUGUUGGAUCAUCUACACAAAUAUCUAUGUUUGUGAUCCCUUUCUGUGUGGUUGUUGGUUGGUGCAUGGGAAAAGAAAUGGACUUGAAUUUUCAACUCUUCGAGACUGCCACACUUUUUAUCACUGUGCUAGUAGUUGCUUUUAUGAUGCAGGAAGGAACCUCAAAUUAUUUUAAGGGCUUGAUGCUUAUUCUAUGCUAUCUUAUAGUUGCUGCCAGUUUUUUUGUACAUGUAGAUCCUAAAAGUGGUGAUGACUAAAUAUGUAGUGUGGGUGAGGCAGCUUUCCAUGUUGCCUUUCUUUGCCACGUCCUGUACUCCAGAAAGGUAGUAAGCAGUGCGUUUGAAUGGGUCCAAGAUAAUUUCUUCAACCUGCAUUCAACAUGGCGUGGGAAACCCCGAAGUGAUCACACAAGCAAUGCACUAUAUUGAAAAUUUUCAGCCUUGUAUUAUAUUGAAUUUUGAAAGGAUGUGUUAUCUGUAUUUUUAUUUCCGCGGUUUUCAUUCAUUUACCAGAAAAUCUUGUAGCGUUUCGGCUCUCUUAUCUCCAAUGAAUCACGUUGAUAAUAACAAUUCAAUGCAAUUCUUUUUCUUUUUC